AUGCGGUUUGGGAAAACCCUCCGCAAUGCGGUGUACCCUCCCUGGAAAGGGAAGUACAUUGACUAUACCAAGCUCAAGACCCUACUGAGGGAAAAUGAUGUCACCGGAGAAGACGCCAGUGACUCGGAAGACAACGAAUGGACCGAGCAGGAUGAGGAGGCCUUUGUGCAGGAACUGCUCAAUGUGCAGCUGGAGAGAGUGAACGCAUUCCAGGCAGAGACCUCACAACAACUUCGGGAACGUACGACGGCCUGCGAAGCUAAAUUGCGACCCUUGGCGUCCGAUGCCGAACAGGAAGGACCCGCCCCCGACGAUCAGCAGAAGCGAUCCAUUGCGACAGAGGUUCUCCAGGAGCUGGACAGCAUCACCAAGGAAGUCAGUGCAUUGGAGAAAUACAGUCGCAUCAACUUCACCGGUUUCCUGAAGGCCGCCAAGAAGCACGACCGCAAGCGAGGAGCUCGGUACCGGGUGAAACCGUUGCUCCAGGUGCGACUGUCGCAGUUGCCAUUCAACUCGGAAGACUACUCGCCGCUGGUACAUCAACUCUCGGUGAUGUACUCGUUCGUUCGCGAGACACUCAGUCAUGAUAUCGUGCAACCGAAGGAGCCGGAGCGCGGCUUUGGCCGGGAGACCUACUCAUCAUACAAGUUCUGGGUUCAUGCGGACAAUGUGUUGGAGGUGAAGACGCAUAUUCUGCGACGUUUGCCGGUCCUGAUUUACAACCCGGGAACCUCGAAACACAUCGAUACCGUCACCGAUGACCCCACCAUUACCUCUCUAUACUUCGACAACCCCCAAUUCGACCUUUACAACCAAAAGGUAGCACGAGCUCCCGAGGCCGGAUCUUUACGGCUUCGUUGGACGGGAUCGCUGAAGGACAAACCUCCCAUCUUCCUAGAAAAGAAAGUCGUCACCGACGACGACGAAAGCCGCCAGGUCAAAGUCCAGCUGAAGGAAAAGCACGUCAAGGAAUUUUUGGACGGCGAAUAUCACUUCGACAAGAAAGUGCUCCGCAUGGAGGACCCCAACAAUGGAGACAACACUGCCGCCGAGGCAUUCAAACGAGACGUAGAUGAAGUGCAGUCGUUCAUCAAGGACAACGACCUGCAGCCUAUGCUGCGAGCCAACUACACCCGCACCGCUUUCCAAAUCCCCGGCAACGACCGAAUCCGAAUCUCUCUUGACACUAACCUUGCUCUGAUCCGGGAAGAUUCUCUGGACAGCGAGCGCCCAUGCCGUGAUUCAGCCAAGUGGCACCGCGAUGACCUGGAUGAUGUUGACAUGACAUAUCCCUUCGAUGCCGUUCGCACUGGCGAAAUUACCCGAUUCCCCCACGCUUUGCUGGAAAUCCAACUCCGGGGUAAAGCCCACAAUACCGAGUGGGUCAAUGACCUGAUGGUCUCCCACUUGGUCAAGGACGCCCCUCGAUUCUCCAAAUUUGUCCACGGUGUUGCCUCGUUGUUCGAGGAUCAUGUCAAUAGCUUUCCCUUCUGGCUCAGUGGCCUGGAGAGUGAUAUUCGCCGCGACCCCGAGACUGCUUUCCACGAAGAGCAAGAACGACUGGCGAGGCGCGCGGAAGAGGACAUGGCGGUGGGAAGUUUCAUGGGAGGCACCGCCAGCCCCAGUACCCGCCCUCUGGUCGGGUCUUCCUUCCACCAGUUCUCUGCAGGCUCCCCUUCUACGGUGCGACGCCCCUCAGGCGUCACCGAGCCUUCAUCCCGACCUCGUCCCUCCAUUCCCACGCUCGAGCGUCGCGAGACGGAGGCUGUAUCAGAAGCCCCAGAGGAGCCCGAACCACCCAGCCGCCUCGAAGUUUUCAUCAAAUCCCUGGGGCUUUCCCCCGAGCGAUGGCUUGGCAAGGAGUCGGUUUCUCUGCCCCCUGGAGUCCGACACCCUGGAUACUGGAUCAAGGACGUGGGUCCAGUCCGCGUAGAGAGCAAGGUAUACCUCGCCAACCAGCGAACCUUCAUCAAAUGGUUGCACAUCAGUAUUCUACUGUCCAGUUUAUCGUUGGGUCUCUACAAUGCCGCUGGUAAACACAACCAGGUCGCACAGGCCCUAGCGGUUGUCUAUACUUUCUUCGCCAUCUUCGCUGCGGUUUGGGGGUGGGUCAUGUACGAGCGUCGGGCUCGCCUCAUUCGUCAACGCAGUGGAAAGGAUCUCGACAACAUGUUUGGUCCUAUUGUGGUCUGCAUUGGUUUGGCCAUCGCCUUGGUCCUGAACUUUGUCUUCAAGUACUCGUCGGCGCUGGAACAAAGUCGCAAUCAUCCGCUUCCCGAUGUUCCUGGCCACACGAAUUCUUCAGCUGUGAAUGGCGUCUCAUGGAUCCGGAACCCAGCCCAGCAAGUUUUGUAG